CGCGGCCCCUCCCGCCGCCGCCCGCCUCGCUGGGGCUGUGGCGGGGCUGUGCCCGCCCCUCCUCCGCCUCCUCCUUCUCCUCCUCCCGGAGCGGCGUCGGGAGCCGGUGGUGGCGGGUGAGGAGACGCGGGGCGGGGGCUGUGGCCGGCAUGUGAAGCGGGGCAGCCCCCUCCUCUGGGCAACGGCCGCCCCUCGCCUCAGGCUCGCCCGGCGGCUUUUUCUUCGGCCGCCCUGCCCGGCGCAGCGCGGGGCCGGGCAGCCGCCUGACGCCCGUCCGGCGGGCCCGGCGGGGCCCCCCUCGCCAUGAAGAAGUUUUCUCGGAUGCCCAAGUCCGAGGGGAGCGGCGGCGGCGGGACGGCGGGUGUCGGCUCCGCCGGCGGGGGCGGCGGGGCGAGCGGCGUCGCCUUGGGCAAGGUGUUGGCCGUCGGGCGCUACCAGGUCACCCCCGAGGAGCUGCUGGCGGAAGGUGGCUUCUCAACUGUGUUUCUGGUACGUACCCAUGGUGGGAUACGUUGUGCACUGAAACGAAUGUAUGUUAAUAAUGUGCCGGAUCUCAACAUAUGCAAGAGAGAAAUUACAAUUAUGAAAGAGUUAUCCGGGCACAAGAACAUUGUGAGCUAUUUGGAUUGUGCCGUUAACUCCAUAAGUGACAAUGUUUGGGAGGUACUCAUUCUCAUGGAGUACUGCCGAGCUGGGCAAAUUGUGAAUCAGAUGAACCAGCGUCUGCAGACAGGCUUUACUGAAUCGGAAGUAAUGAGAAUAUUUUGUGAUACCUGUGAAGCUGUUGCCCGGUUGCAUCAGUGCAAAACACCUAUAGUUCACCGGGAUCUAAAGGUCGAGAAUAUAUUGUUAAAUGAUAGCGGAAACUACGUUCUCUGUGACUUCGGCAGCGCCACUAACAAAUAUCUUAAUCCUCAAAAAGAUGGUGUUAAUAUGGUUGAAGAGGAAAUUAAAAAGUAUACAACACUAUCGUACCGAGCUCCCGAAAUGAUCAAUCUUUAUGGAGGAAAAGCAAUUACUACCAAGGCAGAUAUCUGGGCACUUGGCUGCUUGCUGUAUAAACUUUGUUUCUUUUCACUUCCCUUUGGAGAAAGUCAAGUUGCUAUUUGCGAUGGAAGCUUUACUGUUCCGGACAAUUCCCGAUACUCUCAUAGUAUGCACUGUUUGAUAAGAUAUAUGCUUGAACCUGAUCAAGAACAGAGACCUGACAUCUUUCAAGUUUCUUACUUUGCCUUUAAACUGGCCAAAAAGGAUUGUCCAGUGUCAAAUAUUAAUAAUUCUCCUGUCCCUUCAACUCUUCCUGAACCCAUGACAGCUAGUGAGGCAGCUGCUAGAAAAAGCCAAAUAAAAGCAAGAAUAACAGAUACUGUUGGACCAACAGAAACCUCAAUUGCACCGCGACAAAGACCAAAGGCCAAUUCAAGCACUGCCACUUCCAGUGUGCUGACGAUCCAGAGCUCAGCAACUCCAGUCAAAGUACAGGUUCCUGGUGAAUUAGGUAAUCGUGGGCAAAAAGGAACCACGCGACCGGGGAAUGGGCAAGAAAUCUUACAGUCCCAAGGGAGCAGCCAGCACCCCCCGCAGCAGAACAGAGUUCUGCAGCAGCUGCAGCAGGGGGACUGGAGGCUGCAGCAGCUACACCAGUUACAUCACCAGCAGCAGCAACCUGCCAUUCAGGAUGCCUAUAUCCAGCAGUAUCAACAAGCAAUGCACCAGCAGAUGGUCCAACAGCAGCUGUUGAUGCAGUCUGUGUACCAGCAGCAACCUUCCCAGUCUCAGUAUCCUGCUAUGGUGCAGCAAUAUCAGCAGGCUCUCCUACAGCAGCAGAUGCUUGUGCAGCAGCAGCAGCGGUCGCAACAGGCGCAGUCUCCUGAAUACAUCACUUCGCCGCAAGACUUCUCACCAGCCUUAAUCUCCUAUCCCGGUUCACUUCCAGUGCGUGCUGGAACAGUGGCAGAUUCUCCCUACCCUGCAAGCAGGUCAGGGAUUCCUGAUGCUGAAGCGAUUGCCAGUUACCCAAAGCAGAACAUCAAUAACCCACCUGAUAUGUCAGGCUGGAACCCAUUUGGAGAGGACAAUUUUUCCAAGUUGACAGAGGAGGAGCUGCUGGACAGAGAAUUUGACCUGCUAAGAUCAAACAGGCUGGUGGACAGGAGAGCAUCUUCAGAUAAGAAUGUGGAGCCACAUUCUGCUCCACAGAAAAGUCCUCCUGAAGAUCCCUUUGGUUCUGUUCCUUUCAUUUCUCACCCAGGUUCCCCUGGAAAGCAAGCGGACAACUCAGCCAACCAUCAAGGAAAUAACGUAGGGACCCCAACCAAGGCUGGAAAACUGAGCCAUGCUUUUAGAGACCCCCGUCCAGGGAGGAAAACUGCAGAGGGACAAGAGACAAAAGGUGGUGAUGAGUCAGAGAGUGAUUUUGAAUCUGAUCCUCCUUCUCCCAAGAGCAGUGAGGAAGAGGAAGAACAGGAGGAUGAGGAAGUCUUGCAAGGAGAGAAUGGAGACUUCAAUGACGACAACGAUACAGAACCAGAGAAUUUAGGCCACCGACCUCUCCUCAUGGACUCUGAGGAAGAGGUGGAGGAAGAGGAGGAAGAGAAGCAAAGUUCUGACUCCGAUUCUGAUCGUAGCAAGCACAAAUCUGUGGAUGGGCUCCUGAGCAGGAGGUUCAGAGAUGGUGUGGGCAGCGGUGAAAUCAAAGAACCCAGUUCAAUGCAUCUGUCCUUGUCUGAGGUGCCAAGUACCGUAAUCAAGGAGAACCCUGGCCAAGAAUUUGAUGUCUUUGGGGCAGUGCCCUUUUUCACUCUGCAGCCUCAGGCAAGAGAGAAGGUGGACAAAGAUGUCUCUUCUCAGGUGGCUUUUCCCAGCCUGAACCAGGAGCAGGAUGACUUCGAUGUUUUCACAAAAGCCCCCUUCAGCAAAAAGGUGUCUCAGCAAGAUGGCCAAGUGUCGGGAACUGAGCCUCUGCUCUCCCCAGCCUCUCCGCGGAGCCUCGAUAUUUUUGGCUGCACCCCAUUUCAGCCUUCUCUUCUCCCCAAGACUGGUGGGAGCAAAGAGGACCUGUUUGGGCUGGUUCCUUUUGAAGAGAUCACAGGGAGUCAGCAGCAGCAGAAGGUGAAGCAGCAGCGUAACCUGCAGAAACUUUCUUCCCGCCAAAGGCGCAUGAAGCAGGAGGUCUCGAAGAACAACGGGAAGCGGCACCACGGCACCCCAACCACCACGAAAAAGGCAAUGAAACCCAGCUACCGCACCCCUGAGAGAGCCCGCAGGCACAAGAAAGCAGGCCGCAGGGACUCGCAGAGCAGCAACGAGUUCCUGACUAUCUCGGACUCCAAAGAGAACAUCAGCGUCACGUUGACUGACAGCAAAGACCGAACCAACCCUCUGCAGACGGACGAGAGUCUGCUGGAUCCUUUUGGAGCCAAACCCUUCCACCCGCCGGACUUGAUGCGGCAUCCCCAGCAUCAAGGGUUUGGGGACAGCCGCGGGGAUCACGGCACGGUAGUAGUGGCUGGGAGACCUCGGCAGAGCUCCUUGCACGGAGCCAUUCACGGCGGCGAGGGGCUGAAAACCGAUGACUUUGGUGCCGUACCCUUCACCGAACUGGUUGUGCAGAGCGCGCAGAGCCAGCAGCAGCAGGGACUAGAGUUAGAUCCCUUCGGAGCCGCUCCGUUUCCUUCCAAACAGUAAAUGCUUCCAAUGGGUUCCCCCGCCUUCGCCUCCUCCAAGUUAUUCAAUAGAGGUUUUAAUUAGUGGAGUAAUUUAUCUGGUUGAAUUGACAGGGACGUGGGUUGUACGGUUUGUUCAAGUUCAAGAAGGCAUGGCCAACUUGAAUGAUGACAUUUAGAAUGAUGGCAGAUUUUUAUUGUUUUGGGUUUUUUUUUUAGAAAAAUAGAAAAAACAAACCAGGAGCAUCGUUUUGUUAUGAGAGAUGGCUCCCAGAAUGAAAAGAGAAGUCAGAUGUGAAUCGGUGUCUGUCACUGACUUUGGGCCCUGGAACAUGCUGUCAUUCUGCACUUUGGCGUUGCCUUUUCGGUCCUCUGGGAUGUGCUGAGCCGGAGGGAGGGGGACGGGCGGAGAGGCACGAGAAAGGCUUUCCGUGCGUACAGGUGGGCUAAUGGAACCGCCGUGGUUCUUCGCCUCUCAGUCGCAGUAGACCCAAGAAACAAAGUGUACUAAUAUCCAGAUUGAUCUACUGGAAAUAGUUGAGUCUUUGCUUCCUAGGUGAAAACUACCUUUAUUAAUUGUAAAAAUUAAGAAGCCAAGUCCUCAAGGGGCUGUGGCCCAGAAUUCCAGAGCAGGGCCGUGGCCUGGGACCUGGUAGACAUCUAUGCAGCUGCAGAGACGAAAGGCAGAUUAUUUUUUGUGUGCCUCAAUGUUCAAAAAUUUAUUUUUUUUUUUUACAGUAAGUGCCAUUAAUGUAAAAUAGCAAACUGGAAGUUUAGAGUUAAAAAAGAUACGGAGAAUAUAAUGGUUUGUGAGACGAAAAGCCUGACUGUAGGGGAGCGGACCAGCAGGGAUGCAGCCGGCGUUUGCAGCACGUCGGAGACUCCUCAGCGCGCUGGGAAGGGAGGCUGCUCUACCUGAGGAGAUCAUCUGGCACGUACGGAGUAUUUCACAUGACUUGUGCGGUUGACUGUGAGAUGCAACCAUCAGAUUUAUUUGAUUACGAAUUGGGAAUUCUGUCUGAAAAUACCUUUUUUUUUUUCCCCUUGGUUUUUUAUUGCAAGAAAACUUGUAUUCUUUCAAACCCAUUGUUUUUUAAAACAAUAAUAAUUUUAUGCAAUGACUGUAACCUAAUGUUCUUUUAAGUUCUGAUGAUUCUGUUGUUGUACCUAAGUGUAUUUUAUAAGAAAGUUUUGCCAAAUGCACUGAGCUUUGCAGAAACUCCUCUGGAGGCGGUUUGGCUUGGGAGAGCCAAGGGCGGUGGGCAGCAGGCAGCGUGCAGCAGCCGGCUCUGCCCCAGACCUGCGUUCACACCUCGAAGCCUUACAGACGGGACCCCGGUCCCGCCACACAGUACGUCGUGCCGCCGGGUGACGGGAAGAGACUCGUCGAGGAGAUGUCGUUACCGUGUUGUAGCAGUCGUGCCGUGCUGGCGGGGCGGUUUCUCCGGUGCCUGCAACUUGUGCCGAGCCACCUACGGCGCCUGCAGAGCCGGCGUGACUCGGGACGCUCCCAUUUACCCUUUCGCUGGCAGUCCCAAAGAGGAGGUGGAAGGAGGUAGUUCCUCUGCGUGUCUCAACUUUAUACCCCGCUCUCCUGAAUGCGGAUGAGUCCACAGGUGGAUGUUUAUAUAUGGAGGACAUAAGGGUUCCUGGUUGCAUGUCCCCGUGUCCCCUGCCCUCUUUCACUGGAGGUAAAGUGAAAUAUUUAGGGUUGUUCUUCCCCCCGCUCCUCCCCAAGUCAGUCUCCUGCUGGUUACACAGUCGUCCUGAGAUCUGUGAGGGUGGGGGUGGAUCCCUUACAAUAUUUGUUGAAAACAACACAUCAAAACCAAGUCCCUUGGCUCCUUUGGGGGUUGGUUUGAUAAAACGCUCCCUCAGAUACAUGCGGGAGUGCUUCCCCUGGGCCUGGAAUUUGAAAAUAGCUCAUACAUAUCUGUACACCUUCAUUGCCUUCAUCUUCCUCGGUUUUGUCUUUCUCCCGAGGUGAAAGUGGAGUAUUACAGCUGGGCUUGGUUACGUAUGCCUUUUUCAGGCUUAGAAAUGAAGCUUUUAGGAGGUGAUGAGUAGAAAUGUUUCAACUCUAUUUGCACAGGAGUUUCUUAGGCUUGGUUACUGCAGUUCUCAGCGGGGGUGCUUGUGCCAAAGGCUGUAAGAAGCGCACGCCAAGUUUUGUAGCAUUUGCUGAUACUCAGGUUAACUGUCUUGUCUUUUCCCUGUUGCCCUUUCUCUGCGCGUGCGUACGAGCUGCCCUCCGGCCGCCUCCUCCUGAGCUCUUCCCUCCCUGCCGCGUCUGGGUUUGGGCUGUUCACCCCGAGCCUCGGGCUGAGGCGCGCCAGAGGCGUCCCUUCUGCGGCGGGUUGGUUCGGUUUUGGGCAGAGGGUCCGCAGGUGGCUGUUACAGGAUGGGAAAGCUGAAGGGAGACGAGAGAAAACUGUAACCCCAAGUUAGGCUAAAGCUGGCGUAGUGCCUCUGGCUGCGUGUGAGGUAUGGCCGAUGACGUUUGCUUUCUAAUGGCCUUAAUAAACCUUGCUCUUUGUAUUCUAGUCGUGAAACAGGUUUUUGCAUAAGCGUAACUUUUUGGUUUCUAAAGUUAUUUUAUGCGUUCUUGUGACUGAGAAGCGAUUAGUAUGCCUCGCUAAGUUGACUUUGCUUGGUAUAUAUUGUUUAUACACAAUUAAACCCAAGUUUGGGUUUAAUUUCAGCUGAGAUCCACUGUUCAGCAGAGACGAGAUGUGGUCCUGUCGGGGAAGGCGAAACCCUUUUGCCUUUAUUUGCUGUGUGUUCCCAUGCGCGUGCGUGCCAGGGAGCGUGGUGUGACCAUGCCUGAAACACGGGACAGCCCUUGUGGGGGUAGGCACGAAGCGCACUGUCCCUGAGGACAGGAACGGCAAGGUAAGGAGCUGACGCUUCCCUUCCAACCCAAAACAGCCACCGAUUUGUACAGCUCCCCUUUCAGCGUGCUGAAUGGGUGAACCACAGGCCUUUGAGAAUCGGCUGCUCGAGAGAGAGUCUGUCAAGAGGUACUGAGAAGCCCUUGACGGUUGUGCUCGUUGAAAGAAAAAUACGAUAUUCGCGUUCCUCUGCGGCCUCAAAGGGCCUCGAGGCGGGCGCAGUUGCUGUGCCUGGCGUGCGUAGCGCGGGAGCCGUGGAUACCCGCUUUGGAGGGGGUGACUUUGAAUCAUCCUGGGUGUCCCAGUGAGUAAAACCAAGUACUGUGAAAAUAAGUUGAUAUAUUUGCUACUGUGAGAAUAAGAGUUUAUCUGGAAUUUUUUUAUACUAUAGCGUGUAUUUUUAUAUAUGAAAAGUAUAUAUAAAAUAUACACAUGCUCGCACACAUCAUGCAUCUCCUGGAAUUGCUGUGUUUUUAGUAACAGAGCAGCCACAGUCGCUUUGUGUGACUUGAGGGAGCGAGUAUGAGUGAAAGCUGCAAAAGCCAAAACCGCGCAGAGGGUGGCUGCUGCGUUACUUUGCUGUAGUGCUUCUUCGGAGAGGAAAAUCAAGGGAAUGGCGCGUAUAGCUAAAUUUGUGACUGAGGCAUCACCUGAUAUUAAAGAGCAUAAAAACUAUUUUAAAAUUGCUGGCAUUCAGCUUUUAAGUGCACUUUCCUGAACUACCCUUCCAUUUCUUGUUAGACUUCAAGUUUCUAAAACUUUUUUGUGUACCACUAAACAGAGAACUUUUAACUUUUUUGUGAAACUGAUGUACAUCAUAAAAUACUUGCAGUUGUUAAAUAAACAAACGUGAUAACAGUGA